AUCGAAAUGGUAACUUAUUUUAUUACCAAGGAGACUUCUUCAUCGCCUAAAGAAGUUAUAAAACCAUUUACCAAACGUAUUUUCCUUCCAUUAGUUCCAUUAGAAUGGAAAUCCCAUAUUCUCUCAAAAUUUCAACACAUUCCAUACGGUGUCUGAAGCUUAUUGUACAUUACUUUCUGCACGUUGCAGUGUUUUAUUGCACCUCAUAAAAUGGAAAGUGUUGUUCCUGUUAUUCACAGCACAUCUUCAUCUGGUGAAAAGUGUUCAUCAGAUAAAUCAGUUACGCAGUUAGUUAAGGGAAACGAACAAACGUUCGCAGAAGAAGCGACCAACGAAAGCCAUAGAAGUUUCAAGCGAUCAGAUAGACGAUGUUUAGCAAGAGUUCGGCUUGAAGAAGCCGUAAACAUUACGAUGAUCUAUUGAUUGAUCGUGACGAGGUUUUGGUUGGUAUCGUUCUACUCGAAAGCUCCCGGUACGUAAGCUCGCAUUCAGAAGUCUUACCACAGGAGGAUCCCUAAUACACAGAAAGAUUUGGUGGCGGUAAGCGAGAAACCUCAGCCACUACCAGAAGAAAGGCAAAACAAAAAAGAACGGAAAAAUCCAGCAAACCGAAAAGAGACCGGUGAUCGUACGAAUGAGAAAGAAAUGGAACGCCAAGGUACACGUUUGACGAUGAAUGUCUGGCGAUGGGUGUCCAGUGAGGAUCGCGGGAAAGGAAUGCACGCGCCACGAACGAAACCCACGGAAAAGAGUCGAAGAUCGAUCAGAAGCGAAAGAAACAAAACGCCGGGUAAAGGCAUGAAAGCGAGACAGAGCUCGGGGCCAGUGGAAGGAAAGAGAAGCGAACAAAAGAAACUAUGAUGAGCCAGCCAGGGAGUCAGUCAGUUAGCAGCAGCAAAACAGCAUGAAAGUUUGUUAGAGAGAGUACAGUUUUCAAGCGCAAUAUUAAGUAACUUUACUAUCGCCCCGACUGGUAUCGCAUACGGAUCGCGUUCCUUAGCUCUCCGAGCUUUUGCAGGGCAGGUGUUUUUCACUAUAAGUUUGAUCAUCGAUUGGUAUCGUUAUAGUGUGUAAUUAAGUGUUGCAAGUUAAGAAGUGUUUAUGUGACAAAAAGAAAGCACAAGUGUUGGAUAAUGAUUCUCAAAGCUGCAGCUAUAUUACUGCUGCUCUUCACGAGUACGGCAAGAGCCCAAGAUGACUCACUAGCAGGCAGUUUCCUGUCAGGGCUAUUGGAUUCCAUCACAAGCACAGAAGAUGCGAAAGGAUGUCCUGGAGUUUGUGUUCACACUCUGGCCACACUGAUAUGCUACGAAGUUUUGGACGACAUUCCAUGCCCUUCGCCCAGCAUGAAAUGUUGCGUAGAGAGUAGUUCGGCUGCGGCAAACAUUACUACAACUCCACGGCCAAGAACCACCACAACAACGGUACGACCCACAACCACAACACCGAAACCAACGACGGAAGCAAAAAUUAAGGAUAAGGAUAAUAAAAACAACUCGUCUUGUCCGGGUGUAUGUGUUGCAGACCGAAUUGCGGAAUAUUGUGAGGCUUAUCUAACGACGGCCGGUCUAUGCAAAAGUGGCUCAAAGUGUUGCGUAUCGCGCGAUAUCUAUCCGGACAGUCCACCGGACGAGCUGUACAUACCGACGGCCCAUUUCGAUGCAAAAACCAACAAAACUACCACGCCUAGACCGUACGGAAAAACGACCGAACGGCCACAUGCCACCGAAGAACCGAUCAAGUCAAAAACGAAUCCCACACAGAAGCCAACGCCAAAGCCUACGAAACCAGCGCCAUCGAAGUUGAAAACCACUUCCGCUACCUUAGCCAACAAUGGACAGGGACCGGUGUUUAAGGAGUGUGAGGGUGAAUGUGUGAAUGGAUUGUUUGCCCUGUUCUGCGAUGAUCUUGAUAGUGAGGCGUUCUGCCCUAACGAGGGAUCAUGCUGCAUAACGGGUGUGGCAGAUGACAAUAAGCAACAGCUUGUGACUACCACCAGGCGACCAGCAACACCGCCACCACUGCCACGUUGUCCCGGGUUCUGUCUGCUAAACAUUAUGGCCGCGUUCUGUGAACGUCCCUCGGUACUUAUCCCCAACACGGCCAACUGUAAGCGAGGAUCGGUGUGCUGCGACAAUACGCGUGCUCCACCACCGAGACCUCCGCAGCAGAAGCGUCCACCACCGACUACAACCACCACUACACCCGUUCCGACCACUACCGCCAUUCCGGAUCCACGUGAAGAGUGCCCUGGUUCGUGUAUUGUCAGCCUGCUCAGCUUCACCUGCUUCCGCAACGCCGAGAUGACGGAUCUGUUCAAGUGCAAAAAGUCCGGCACUCAGUGCUGCGCACCGAAGUCAAAGAUACAGGAAGUACAGCAGGCUGCUGCCAGCAAGACGAAGUACAACGACACGAAUGGCUAUCCACCGCAGGCACUACCGCCUCCACCACAGAUGAUGCCGCAGCAACCGGUGAUGCAGGUUCCGGGACAACCAUACCCGAUGCCACCGGCAGCAAUGCCACCGCUACAAUCGCAGUCACCACUAGCGCCACAUCAAACGGGCUAUGGUCCACCGGCUCCGAAUCCUUACCCAGGACCGAUCAGCAACAACAUCUACGAGGUGCCACCGACACAGCAGCCGCCUUACGCACAAUCUCCGGUCUAUGAACCACCGACGACGACCUCCCGACCACAGGUCUACUCCAAGUACGUGUGCGGUGUGAAGGGAACUAGCCGGGCCGCAAAAUCCAUUCUCAGCCGUGAGGUACUUCGGUUAGAGCAAGAGCAGACCACCGUAGCACGGCACGCACGUCACAUAGACGUGGACAGUAUCUAUCGGUCAAAGAGCUCCGAACGGUUGGUGCUUGGUAGUAGCAUCGUACCGAUACCGAUCAUCUAUCACGAUCACAACGAUACCGUACCGGAGGAUCUGUUGCGACAUCCGAGUCUUAAGGAGAAUGCUACACUAGCCAAGUACUGGAACCACCACAGGAAGGGUCGUGUCGUUGGUGGAGAAGAUGGUGAAAACGGUGAAUGGUGUUGGCAGGUCGCAUUAAUCAACUCCCUUAAUCAGUAUCUCUGUGGGGCGGCCUUGAUUGGCACACAGUGGGUACUUACUGCGGCACAUUGUGUGACGAAUAUUGUCCGAUCGGGUGAUGCCAUCUAUGUCCGUGUGGGUGACUAUGAUCUGACACGCAAGUACGGAAGUCCUGGAGCGCAAACGUUACGAGUAGCGACUACCUAUAUCCAUCACAACCACAACAGUCAAACACUCGAUAACGAUAUUGCGCUGUUGAAACUGCACGGACAGGCAGAACUGCGGGACGGUGUGUGUUUGGUGUGUCUACCAGCACGAGGCGUCAGUCAUGCCGCUGGUAAGCGUUGCACAGUGACGGGCUAUGGAUAUAUGGGUGAGGCUGGUCCCAUCCCGCUGCGGGUGCGUGAAGCCGAGAUCCCGAUCGUAAGCGAUGCCGAGUGCAUACGGAAAGUGAAUGCGGUCACUGAGAAGAUAUUCAUCCUGCCGGCAUCCAGCUUCUGUGCUGGCGGUGAGGAAGGUAACGAUGCCUGUCAGGGUGAUGGGGGCGGUCCACUAGUGUGCCAGGAUGAUGGAUUCUUCGAGCUGGCCGGACUUGUUUCGUGGGGUUUCGGUUGUGGUCGGGUCGAUGUGCCCGGUGUGUACGUGAAGGUUUCCUCGUUCAUCGGCUGGAUCAACCAGAUCAUUAGUGUUAACAAUCAGUAAUAAUAGUCCAAAUACCAAACUGUCUUUCCAUGCUCCCCCUCCCCAGACCGUGCGCCUUAUGCAUUCUAGUAGUUUUAUAGGUAAGCUCAGUUUUAAGCCUGCGAAGCAAAAGUAUGUUUUUUUUGUGGAACAUUCAAAUUGUUCGAUUUCUUCAUUCGGGGCACUAUUUACUAUUUCACAGGUCGAACAAGAACAGUCGAUGCUAGUUGUCAAAAUAAAAUAAAACAAAAAAACUAGAUAGUUUUAAUAGAUGUCCCUAGGAUCAUAGCGAUGGAAUAGUUUUGUUCUGCUAGGGGCGUAUCGAAUGCAAAUAAUUCGAUGCAUAUUGUAUAGAAAAAUCUCUGUGGUAAGGUUAAGCAAUAGCAAAAAAAACCCUCCCUUUUGCUCGAUACAAUCACAGUAAUUCAACAGUAAUUCAAAGCGUAAUUAACAGUAAAGAUUAAGCUAACGCUUUCUAACUUAUAGGACUUACCUUCAUCUCAUUAACGAUAUUUAAGCAUGCGUGAAUAUUUAUUUAUUUGUCUACUCGACUGAUUUAUCCGCUACGUUGUAUGUUUGGCUUAUGUUUCAACUACAAAUAUGGAGAGCUUAGCUGAAUGGUAAGCAAUCGUUAUGAGACACAAUUACAUGCCGAAUCCGAAACAUUUGAAGCACUAAAUCUUGAAGACGUAUUGCAAUUGAUAGCAAUAGAAAACAAAAAGCAAACGAUUGUAGUCGUUAGUUAACAAUUUAAUGAAAUUGUUACACUUUGUACAAUAAAAUAAAAUGACUGGUUAUACAAAUUUGGCUCUUUAUUUACGUUCGGAUCGAAAGAAAAAUGGGGCAAAUAUAUUUUGAGAUCAUUUUAGAUUUUUUUUUAUCUGCUUUAAAGGAUUUUUAAUUUGCUUUUCGUAACAGUUAUGAUUUUGCAAUGGUUUUCUUAAUAAGUUGAAAUGUGUUACAGCAGAAAAACCUUUUUUUCAGUGCUCGUUGCUUAACGGUGCGGGAGAAAACAUUU